CAGCUCCGCGGCAGCAGCGGCUCGGGGAGCAGAACCACACCACUGUGUUGUGCAGGAACACAGGCACGACGGAGCCCCACAGCCCGCUCGCCGAGCGGAUGAAAAAGAAAACUUCUCUUUCAUGUGGAUUAAUUCCGGGGCGACGCGUUCACUCGAUGAGAGGAGAUCUUUAAGCGAAGUCGGACGGGAUUGACGAGGAUUGGGACCUUUGUUGCUGAACGACAACACCGCCGAAUGGUUUCUGUUGCCCCGCCGCUAAGGUUGCGGGCUCAAUGAACCAGCCGAUGAUGUGCGGCGUCUGUUCUACAGCCACAAACACUUCCGGCUUGUAGAGGAAGCGGCUGUGCCAGCAUGUCCUCCCACCCCCAAUCCGUGCCGCCGGGCCGGAGGACUUUGGACACACGGCACCUGCCAAACCCCGCCACCCUACCACUGCAGCUGCAACGGGCGCACACGGAGGUGGGACUGGUCGACUACCACUCUCAUCAUGCCAGAGACUACAGCUCCCACCUGGCUCAGCCCCAUCGUCGCCGGCCUUCUCUGCUCUCAGAGUUCCAGCCUGGCAAUGAAAGAGGACAAGAGCAGCAUAUCCGCUAUGAGCACAUCUACCUACCAGAGCCCCCCAGCCAAUCAGAGGUGGACUAUGCAGAAAUCAAAAGGCCUCGUUUAGAGAUGGGACCCGAGUCUCUGAUGAGACCUUCUCCCCAUCGACCGCCGUUGCCUCUGGGAGGGGCUGAGGACAUGACAAAGGAGCGUGGAGGCGGGAUGGGGAAGCUGGAGCCCAUCUCUCCUGUGAGCCCGGUCCACAUGGACACUGACUUGGAUCUGGUGCCAGCUCGGUUCUCCAAGGAGGAACUGAUCCAGAACAUGGACCGGGUGGACAGGGAGAUCACCAUGGUGGAGCAGCAGAUCUGCAAACUUCGCAAAAAACAGCAACAGCUGGAGGAAGAGGCUGCAAAGCCCCACGAGCCCGAGAGGCCGAUCUCGCCGCCACCCAGUGAGGCCAAACACCGCAGCCUUGUUCAGAUCAUCUACGACGAGAACAGGAAAAAGGCAGAAGAGGCUCACAGGAUACUGGAGGGACUGGGACCCAGGGUAGAACUGCCUCUGUACAAUCAGCCUUCUGAUACCAAGCAGUACCAUGAAAACAUCAAAAUAAACCAGGCGAUGAGGAAAAAGCUCAUCUUGUACUUCAAAAGGAGAAAUCAUGCUCGUAAGCAGUGGGAGCAGAAGUUUUGCCAGCGCUAUGACCAGCUGAUGGAAGCCUGGGAGAAGAAGGUGGAGCGCAUUGAAAACAACCCGCGGCGCCGAGCCAAAGAGAGCAAGGUGCGGGAGUACUACGAGAAGCAGUUCCCAGAGAUCCGCAAGCAGAGAGAGCUGCAGGAACGAAUGCAGAGCCGUGUUGGGCAGCGAGGAGGCGGACUGACCUCAUCUGCAGCUCGCAGCGAACACGAAGUCUCAGAAAUCAUUGAUGGAAUAUCAGAGCACGAGAACACAGAGAAGCAAAUGCGACAGUUGGCAGUCAUCCCACCCAUGUUGUUCGACGCUGAGCAGCAGCGCAUCAAGUUUAUCAACAUGAACGGGCUGAUGGAUGACCCCAUGAAGGUGUACAAGGACCGGCAGGUCAUGAAUAUGUGGAGCGAGCAGGAGAAGGACACUUUCAGAGAGAAAUUCAUCCAGCACCCUAAAAACUUUGGCCUGAUUGCGUCUUUUCUGGAGAGAAAGACUGUGGCCGAAUGCGUGCUCUUUUACUAUCUGACCAAAAAGAACGAAAACUAUAAGAACAUCGUGAGAAGGAACUACCGUCGCAGAGGAAGAAGCCAGCACGGCCAGCAGCAGCAACAGCAGCAACAAGUGAACCGGAGCAGCCAGGAAGACAAGGAGAAGGAGGAGAAAGAGAAAGAAGGAGAGCGCGAUGAAGAAAAAAAUGAAACUGAAGAUAAAGAGGAGGGAAUGAAGGACGACACCUCUGGAGAGGAUGCCGAGGACAAAGAGCCUGCUGUGCCUGCGAGGGGUCGACGCACAGCCAACAGCCAGGGGCUGCGAAAGGGCCGCGUCACCCGCUCCAUGACCAGCGAGGUUGAGGAGACCACUACACCGCCACUCAACAACGAGCUCGCUAAUCUGGAGAUGAAUGAGAGCUCUCGCUGGACGGAAGAAGAGAUGGAAACUGCCAAAAAAGGCCUUCUCCAGUAUGGUAGGAAUUGGUCCUCCAUCGCCAAGAUGGUGGGAUCAAAAACCGUGUCACAGUGCAAAAACUUCUACUUUAACUACAAGAAAAGACAGAAACUGGACGAGAUUCUGCAGCAGCAUAAAAUGAAAACUGAGAAGGAGCGAAAGGCCCGUCGUAGGGGCAAAAACCUGCAGAAUGAGGAGGCCAGUGCCCCAUAUGCAGCAGAGGAGGAGGAGAUGGAGGUCUCAGGAGCCAGCUGCAACGAAGAGGAAGCCCCCGAGGAUGGAGAAGGUGUAGCCAACAACAGCUCGGACACAGAGAGCUUGCCCUCGCCACACUCAUCUGAGGACAGCAAGGCUAAAGAGGAAGGCUCCAACAGGUCAAAGGGCAGCUCCAGCAACGCAGACAAGGAGGAGGCCCGGUCCGACACGGGCCAGGCCGGGGACGAGAAGCCUCCAGUCCAGGAGGAUGUAGACUCUGUCAUCAAGCAGGAGAUAAAAACUGAGACUGGGGAGUCGAGCAAGGAGCAGCUGCAGCCAGCGACACCCAGCGAUGCCGCAGAUAAAAAACCUCCACCAGAGAUGGAGGAAGUCAAAAGCUCCACCAAGAGCUCCAAGAAGGACCAUGCGGCCAAAACGGGCUCCCACGGGGACAGCGACUCCAGUGCCACAUGCAGCGCUGACGAAGUGGAGGAGACAGACAACAAUGACAAGAACAGAAUGACUUCUCCACGGCCGAGCCUGCUGAACUACAGUCACGACGGGGUCAUAUCUUCCCCGCUACAGAAGCCCAUGGACCUGAAACAGCUCAAACAUAGAGCCGCCACUAUACCACCUAUUAUGCCAGACGCCUCCAUGCAGGUCAGUCAGCGCGGUGGAGGUGGGAAGGCGGGCUUGCCCCCCCACGCCCUGGCGCUGUACCAGCAGCAGAUCACCAUGGCUCACGGGGAGUCCUCUCAGGAGGUCAAGCAGCAGCAGCAGCUUUCGGGCCAGCCCGGCAAACAGCAGCCGUAUCCCCUGCAGGCAGACAGAGACAGGGAGGUUCUUCGCAGCAGCAGCCCCCGUGUUCGCCCACGCAGCCCCUCCAACAGCGAAAAGGAUGAAAAGUCCAGAGCGUUCUCACCACACGGUGAAGCCAAGAAGCAGGUGCUGGGCCCUGACGACCUGAGGCCCUCCAACUUGGGUCGCCCGGUUCUGUCCCCUUACCCAAUGUCCCCACGAGACAUGGCCAAGAUCAGCCAGGACCAGUCCCUGCUCCACUUCAGCUCGUACCAGCCGGGAGGCCACCCUUCACUAGCCAGUCUGCCACAGGACAGUGGGAGGCUUGCAGCAGUCAGACCCCUCAUGCCAGAGCCUCCGCCCCUUAUUUCCUCCAGCAAGCCCGGAGGCUCCAUCACACAGGGCACACCGGUGCAGUUGCACAACCCAGCUCACGGGUUGGAGCAUGCCAAGAUGCCCUCCUCUCAAAUGGGGUUACCGUGGAUGGAUCAGAGGAAAGUGGGCUCUUUUCCAGUGGUGAAGCAGGAGCAGUUGUCUCCUCACAGUUCAUCCUCCCAGGCUGAUAACCUGUCAACACAGGGGGCGCCUCACGAUGGUGGACGGGGUUCAAUUCCAGCUGUUCAGGGGGGAAGUAUCACUAAGGGCAUCCCAGGGACCAGAAUGCAUCCAGAUUCCUCAGUUUCCUACAGAGGGGGCUCCAUUACUCAGGGGACGCCAGCCGAUCUGCUAUAUAAGGGAACCAUAACACGUCUAAUCACAGAGGACAGCGCCAGCCGAACUGAGCGGGAGCGCGAUGAGGCCCUGUCCACAGGAAACGUGCUCUUUGAGGGCCUCAUCGGGAACAUCCUCACAUACGACCGCCCGACGUCUCAGACGCCCAAAGACGACAGCCGAGGCCCAGGACAGGCGGGAGACAUGCUCGGCCUGAAGCGUCCAUACGACGUCAUGGAGGGGGGCAUUUCUCGAGGACUGCCCAUGAGGGACUCGCUGUCUGCUGCCAACUGUGAAGGUCUGAUCGGUCGAGCCAUGCCACACGACAGAGACAGCCCGCAUCACACACACUACAAAGAUGCCCAUCACAUCCGUGGCUCCAUUUCACAAGGCAUUCCUCGUCAUUUGGACCCUCAGGAUGGUUACCUGCGGGAAGCGAAGCAGAUGAAAAGAGAGAACUCUCCGCCUCGUCGGCCCGGUUCACACUCCGACCCGAUGAAGGGCAGAGAGGCCAUCGUGCCCACAGUGAAGGAGGCUGGACGCUCCAUCCACUUAAUUCCCAGGGAGGAGCUCAGACAGCCUGCUAAGGAGGGCAUCAUCACACAGGGAUCAUCCAUGAAACAGGAGCCGCCCGGUUCAGCCAAACGUCACGACGUCCGCUCCAUCAUUGCCAGCUCUCCACGUUCCUACCACAACGCACCCUCCCACAUGGACAUGCGAGCAGAGAGGGGUCGGUAUGAAGAGGCCCCUAAAGGCCGGCCCAGUGCGGUGGUCAGUACGGCGAGCCCCAUAGCUCGCUCCUCGCCGCUCACGCUGGGGUCCGAGCAGGGAGGCAAAGCCCACCACAGUCCGGUGGGCUACGAUGACAAAGGCGCCUUAAGGACUCCUUACCCCGGUCCCUCGCAUCGCGGCUCCCCGCUGUCCAGGGAGGCAAGCCAAAGGCAGCACGAGGGUCCCAGCAAGAAUCCGCCUCAGGAACGUAAAGCCACGCCGACCCCCAGAGAGAUGAGCGCCACCAAAUCACCGCUGUCGGGUGUCACAGAUCCGCAGGCGUAUGAGCGCCUGCUGCAGGGUCUCGGGGCCUCAGACGUCUACCGGCAGAUCCCGUUAGCCUUCGAUCCUGCAGCACUGCCCCGUGGCAUCCCCAUUGAUCCAGCUGCCUACUACUUGCCUCGCCACCUCGCCCCCAACCCAGCGUACCCUCAUCCCUACCCCUACCUCAUCCGUGGUUUUCCAGACACGGCAGCCCUGGAGAAUCGCCAGACGCUGCUCAACGACUACAUCACCUCUCAGCAGAUGCACCAGUGGCCCGCGGCGGCCGCCAUGGCGGCCCAGCGCUCCGACCUGCUGAGGGGUCUGACUCCACGAGACCAGCCCCUCCCUCUGCCCUACACCGCAGCCCCCCGCGGAAUCAUCGAUCUUUCUCAGGUGCCACACUUACCUGUCCUGGUCCCUCCCUCUGCAGGGGCAGCCGGCUCCCCAAUGGACCGCAUCACCUACAUCCCCGGGACGAGCGCCACCUUCCCCGGCAGGCCUUACACCACCUCCCCCAUCUCUCCCGUUGGCUCGUCUCACAUAAACAAGAUGCAAGGCACGUCAUCCUCGGAGCGCGAGCGCGAAAGAGACCGCGAACGUGACAGGGAGAGGGAGCGGGAGAGAGACAGAGAGCGGGAGCGGGAGAGAGAGCGCGAGCGGGACCGGGAGAGAGAGCGAGAGCGAGACCGCGAAAGGGAAAGGGACCGUGAUAGAGAGAGAGACAGAGACCGAGAGCGUGACAGGGAGAAGGGCGGAUCUCUGGGAAAUGUGGAGCACGCGCCCAUCUGGAGACCAGGUACAGAGCACAGCUUGGCGAGCAGCAGCAGUGUGAGACCAGCCUCGCAGCCAUACGGCCACCAGCACUCCCCAGUCUCACCGCGGACGCAGGAGAACGUGCAGCAGAGGCCGAGUGUGCUGCACAACACUGGGGGCAAAAGCCUGUCCAUCAGCGAACACGCUGGAUCAUCCGUGUUACGGUCCAUGACCCCUGGGUCGUCCCGAUACCAAGGUUACCCUGGACACCUCCUCAGGACAGGUGUGGCUCCCGAGGGCUACCCGCCUGCCAUGGACUCCAGCGUGGCCAAAGAGCAGAGCCGCGAUGGAGGCAAAAGCAGGGGAAGUCUACCGAAGCAUGUGCAGGAGCAGCACGGCUCGUCCAGUAAAUCUGAGCAGAAGCUGUCCAGCCCCAGCCCGGGAGGACCAUACACAGGUUCUUAUCCCUCGGCUACAAGCCGUCCCCCACACCUGCUGCCUCCCCAGUCGGAGAACCCUCCUGGCCGUGGAGAAAGCGGCACACCUAGUAGGGAAAAGACUCAAAACAAACCGAUGUCCAUUCAGGAACAAGAGCUCCGAGCACUCGCUCAGCCACAUGGUCUGUACCGCCCUCCGUCUGAAGAGCGACUGUCUCCAGGCCAACAGCCCCCAUCCCCCUGCGUCAAAGGCAGCCAAAGGGUGGUCACCUUGGCCCAGCACAUCAGCGAGGUGAUAACUAAAGACUACACCAGGCAGAGCCAGCAGCAACAGCAGAGCUACCACGGCUCGCCUGUCCUGGACUUGACCCGUCCGCCCAGUGCCUCCCAGCCCCCACCCACUUCACAGGAGUCUGUCCAGGGGUCCCGCUAUUCAGAGGUGGAGCGAAACCGAGACCGCUCUCCCCUCCAGUCCAAGACCUCACCCGUCAGUCUUUCAAAUGAUGGCAUUGAACCGGUGUCUCCUGCUGGAGCCAACUCCGAGAACGACAUCCAGGGAGGGUCGUCCUACUCCAGCGAGCAGGGGGAGCAAGGGAUGGGCUCCCGUUCUCCCCCCAACACCUCCCAGCCUCCUUCCUUCUUCAGCAAGCUCACCGAGAGCACCUCGGCCAUCGUCAGGACACAGAAGGAGGAGAUGAUCAGGAAGAAGACCGUGGAUUUCAAUGCUGGUCAGCCAGGAACCGAAAUCUUCAAUAUGCCAGCGUCUACGACUGCAGGUAACCACAUAGGACCCGUGAGCGUCCGCAACCACCCUGUUCCCGAGGCUCCGGGUAACUCGAUCGGCCUGGAGGCCAUUAUCAGGAAGGCUUUAAUGGGCAAAUACGACGACCAGUCGGAGGAGCGCUCUCCUUCGAACGCUGCCAACUCCAUGAAUUCUGCUGAUGGACGUGGCGACGACUCUUUCUCGCAAGGUGGGGCAAAGUCCUUAAAGGGCAGCGGACGCUCCAACGGGCGCAAGGCCAAGUCCCCCGGGCCGGGCCUGUCCGGGGGCGAGCGGCCGUCCUCUGUGUCCUCAGUCCACUCAGAAGGAGACUGCAACAGACGGACUCCUCUCACCAACCGCGUGUGGGAGGACCGGCCUCUCUCUGCAGGUUCGACGCCGACUCCCUUCCCGUGCAACCCGCUGAUCAUGCGUUUCCCCAGCGGCACGGUGUCGGCUCACUCCCCGUCCUCCGGGCAGCAGGGGGGCCAGCAGGGCCCGGGGUCCGGACCCGGACCCGGGCAGGGCCGGUCCUGGGAGGAGGAGCCCAAGCCUCUGCUCAUGUCUCAGUACGAGACGCUGUCUGACAGCGAGUGACCGGAAACACAACGCCGCACGACAACAGGACCCGCCACAGUCAACCGCCUCCGUGAUGCUGCAGCCACACACACACACACACACACACACACACACACACACACACACAUAUAUAUACACACACACUCAGAUUUACCCUGCUGAGGCGUCUGCAGACCGACACACAUCAUUCCAACCUGCAUUUCCCUCAUCAGCCGACGAGAACGGAUUGCGUCCUUUACCGCACCGGGAGCAGAGACGAAGACACACGCUGCCGCUCCCCGUGCACGCGCACCCCACCGUGUGUGUGUGUCUGUGUUUGCGCUCACGUGUUAUGCAUUCACUUCAGGACUACUCUAAAGGACAAAUCACUUUUUUUAAAAGCUACUUUUUCCUCACUGGCCUUAUCGAUAGACGCGUUGACCUGCACCUAUCCGGUCCGGCGUGCUCACAGCGGUGUGGCAGGGACUCUGAGGUCGAGAUGGAGCCCGCCGCUCCGGUGACGGAUAAACCCCCACCCACCUGCGAGCGACAGCCCCGCCCAGCGAGGCCCCCCGCGGUGUUUCUUCUGGGUGAACUCCGGGUAUGUCGGGCCUGUGCGCUGCUUACCACUACAAAGAAAACACGGCGAGGGCGACAGGAGGAGACUCAAGAACAUCCUUUUGUUUGUUUUUUUUCUUUCUUCCUCAUUUUAGUUUCUUUUUUUUUUUUUGUCUUUUAUUUUUGGCUUUGUUUUCCUCCUUUAAAUUCUGUCAGUCCAGUCCUGUGUUUGGUGAGCUCAGACCUUUAGUACAUUUUUGAUGGUGAACUUUUAAUGGUGUCAUUUUGUUGUCUCUUUUUUGCAAUGAUGUAUCUUUUAUGGGGGGCUCGGGACAAGAACCUGUUGGGCAGAGAUUGUUAUGCUGGGGGGUGGGAGGGGGUGGGGGGUGGGGGUCAUAUCAUUGGUUUACAGGGUAAACAUGCUGUUCAAUGCUGAUGUCAUGGUAUAUUUUGGGGGGCCUGCUGACACGAGGGGAAGUGAUCUGCCAGAUGGAUGGCACUGAGACAAGUGACACUUUCUCACUGUUUUUAUAUUAACCAUGUCUGUGUUUGUUGAAGCAGUUUUUGAAUAUUAAGCACUUAGUUGUCAGUCAGUUCACAACAGCAUCUUGGAGAAUCGGUGUUUCCUGGGGCUGGUGAGAAAAGGAAAAAAAAAAAAAGAAAAGUCCUGAAGAGCAGUGAGAGAACGGCUCUCUGUGGAGGUGUCCUUUCAACACCCUUCUCUUUUUGUUUUGGUCUUGCCGCCUUUUAUUGUUUUGCGCGCCCACACUCAAAGCGACAAUCACAUUUUUUGGUGAAGGACAACUUGAAGCCGCUUGGAGCAGGUUGCAGACCGACCGCGAAACUGCUGAAAAGGUAAAUUCCACCGCAUCGCUCGGAGUUUUUCUCGCAUUAAAGAGGUGACAACAAAAAGCCAUCUUUCUCUGACCCCGGGUCCGCGGCGGCGCCUCCGGCUCGCCCGUCCGAACCCAGUCUAGGAGCUGUUGUGACAGCCUGACCUCUGACCUUUUACUGCCUGCAAGAGACUCCACACCGAGGCAGAUUUUGUACAGUUAUGAGAUAUUCCUAGUGUUAAGUGCCAUUUAUUUUACAUAUACAGUACUGAAGUUACCAAGUGACGCACAAUUUUUUUUUUCCUUUUUUUGCCCCCCUUGCCUGGGUUUAUACUGUCCAUACAGGGAAGGCUAAAACAACAAAAAGAAACGUCCUUUUUUUGUUUUUUUUGUGCGCAUGUGUGUUUUCUUCCAAAUCCAUCACUGCCUUAGCUUUCAACGGUUUCACUCAUCAGAUCCAAUAAACCAAGCAGAACCUGUCGAGGCCGCUCGGCAGCACAGCUUUUCACGUACGACUCCAAGUGUACUUCACCACACCUCCGGAGUGAAACGACUCCGCAGCGUCACGUUCGGCCUCUCUGUCCAUCAGUGCAGAGGAGCUGGUCCGAGGCCGCAGUCGAUGGUUCAGAAGCACUCACCUCCAUCUCUGCUUUGGCUUUUUGUUUUGUUUUUUAAGCAGAUCCUCACAACACGAGCGUGACUGUUAUAGGACUACCUCCUCUCCCUCCUUCACCCUACCUGAUCGUGACGGUGCGAUGCCUCACCUGCAGAAAACUCAUCUCAGCCAUGUUUCCGGGAAGGUUUAUAGUUUGAUCAAGACGAGGCGAAAACACAGCCAGGCGCUCUAUUCAUAUCAUUGAUCCACGGAUUAAAUUGAAGAAUGUGAUGCUCAAUAGACUAAGCCAUAUCCAGCUGUUCCCUACACUGAUAACUAACGUGUUUUUAAAAAGGUAUGAAAGGAAUUUUAACUUGCAUCCCUUUUACUUUCUUGUCGCUGUUUUUGUCUGCGUUUUAUUAGAAAUCAAAUGAAUCAUUCACACCUUAAAGGACAAAACCUGAUUGCUGAUGCGUUCCCUGGACUGUCCAGUGUUGGUUUGGGAGGGGAUUGACAUAUACAUAUACAUUGUUCAACCAUUUUGUGCAUAUUUUUUUUUUUUAUUAUAACCCACUGUAUAAUAGCAAGGAUUGUAUAUACAACUGAAGAGAUGUAAAUAUUUAUGUGGCUUGCUUCAAGGUUGGUAUUACAAAAAAAAAAAGAAAUAUUCACAUGGUUAAAAUUCUACAUGCCCACCAGCAAGCUUUGUGGAUAGCAGUGUAAAAAUGAAAAACAAAAAAAGACACUGCCUUAAUGUUUAAAUAAAAAGCUUAUUGCCA